AGAAAGUGAACAGAAACUAAAGAUGUCUGUUUGAAACGAAAUGGAUUCAACCAAGCCCAGCUAUUCCUUAAAAGUAUCCAAUGUGAACAAUGGCGUGGGAGAUGAUUGCCCAGUGGAUGAAACAGCAGUGCAGUGGAGAGAUGGAGGGGAGGGGGAGAGGCAGAAGGAUACAGAAAUCAAAGAGCCAGAUGUUAUUGACGGGCCAACAUCAGCUGCAGAGAUAACCCAUCACCACAGGGGGUCAGCAGACAAAAACAAGUUCAACACUUUGGUCUAUCAGAGACGCACAAAGCAGAAAGUCGUGACAGACUUUGCAAGUGUCAGCAAAGGAGCAUCUGCAGCCGCCAAACCUAGAGCUGCGCUGAGACAGGUCUUGUUCAGCCAGGGAGUGUCUGACAAGAGCCCUGUGCCUGAGGAGCGGGGUCAGCUGGAUGUGUUGAAACAGGCUCUGGAAGCAUACACUGUUCCUAUCAGUCUAAGGUGGAGGUGGGAAGAGGAAAGUCAUGGAACCACACUCGAAAAGAACUGGACAGAUAUAGUCCACUCUCAUUCGACGAUGUCAAAGAGCCAGAGGCACCAGCAGGAGGUGCUGUGGGAGUUUGUCCACACUGAGCUCUCCUACAUUAACAAGCUCACAGUCAUCACAGAUUUGGUUAUUGCAGCACUCCUCAACCUGCACCAGCAUGGAUUUCUCCUCGAGGUGACACCUGAGCUGCUUUUCUCCAACCUUCCCUCUAUCCUCAGAGCCCACCGCCUGUUCUGGCAGGAGGUGGUAUAUCCAAUGUUACUGGAGGUCCGCAGGACAGGCAAGCCCUUCAACCCCAUGCAGUUAGAAGCUGGUUGUCUGCAGUUUCAUGAACGUUUCUCAGACUAUCUGCCGUACUGCUGGGAAGAGGAGAAUACACUCGAGUUCUCACGGAGGCAGAUGGAAACCAAUCCUCAUUUCUUUACCUACAUCCAGUGGGUGGAGACUCACCCUCUGUGUGAGCGGAUGCGUUUGGGGGACAUGCAGGCCAAACCCCACCAGAGGAUCACAAAAUACCCUCUGCUGCUCCAGGCCAUCCUCAAAAGCACCCAUGACCCACAAGUACAGCAAACACUCAGAGGCAUGCUGUCGAGUGUCAUUGGUUUUUUAGAGAGCAUCAAUGACUAUCUGAGGUUCAAGGAUGAGGAGCUUGCUCUCUCUAUCUCUGCCCAGAGGCUGGAGGGAUAUGAAGUAGAAGGCAUAAAUGAAGAAAUCGACAAGCAUGUCAGAGAGAUCUGCCAGUUUGAUUUAACAUGUCCGAUCAGUGGGGUGGGUCCUGGAGUUGUACGAAAGCUGCUGCUGGAGGAGAACCUGAAGAUUCGUGGCAGAAAAGACAGCAAGCUGGAAGUGGUGGCUCUACUUUUCUCAGAUGUACUUCUGAUGACCAAAGUCCAGAAGAAGGGAGAGCGACUGAAGGUAGUUCGGCCUCCUCUGGCUCUUGACAGAACUUGCUGUGUCGCACUGAAAGAUGGCUGCUCAUUUGUUCUUGUGGAGAUAGGGGAGCUUGGCUGUGCUAUGAAUGUCUACAUCUUUGCAUCAACUACAGUAGAGAGCUGCACCAGGUGGGUCUCCACCAUCCACGAGGCACAGAGGACACUAAAGAACCUGAGAGAGACAGAGAAAAAGAGACAUCUGAACAACUGUCCAGCUGGAGUCCAACAGUUUGAGGCCAAACCUGUCACAGAAGCUAUGAUGGCUAAUGUGGAGAUAAUAGAGCAACCUCCUAAGCAGUCAGAUGAAGAGACAUUUGUGGAUAAACUAAGUGAAGAACCUGUUAUCCCUCAAUCAGUUAAUGGGAUGUUGAUGUCUCAACCAGUAGAGACAAAUUAUGAACCCUUAUAUCCAGUGGCACUCAACCAUGCUGCCUUGCCUUCAUGGCAAAGCAGUAUGGCAAGGGACAAUCACCGCAAGGACCAUCACCGCAAAACAGUGCAUGGGGGAUCUGCAGUUUGGCAAGAAGCAAUGAAAAGGUAUGAAUGGAUAGAACUGGAUGUGAGAGAACAAGGUGGGAACUAUAGGGAGGAAGAACAGCUAAUGGCUGAAUAUCAGUGGGAAAAGGAACAAAGGGUCAGCUGGAACCACAAUAGAAAGUCUGCCCCUUGUCUGAGUGACAAUUUCAUGCCCAGAAACACAGCAGACUCAUUCAAACACAAGCCCAGUGAACCACACACUCUCAUAAUGGGUGGAUAUCCAGAUGUAGACUACCCAUCCACCCAACCUGGCACUUUAUUGGCCCCUUUUGGAGAGUAUCAGCCAACUGUUGCUACAGAGAGGCCUGAGUUUCAAGCACUCCCGAGGGCAGGAGGGAGAUCAUUACAGAGCAAUUUAGAUUCACAGUCAGUGGAGGAGGAGACCAGGAGAAAUUUGUGGCACUACCAGUCUGGAGAGGAGGAGGCUUUUCAAGACCCUUGGAGGUUCUCCAGAAAGUUGAAAUCUCCCAAGUUACGCCGGACCAGGAGGCCCAUCAGCAUGCAUCAGUGUGGCUCUUCGCAGAUGUCCACACAGAGGUCCCAGAGCUCAGGGGUGGCACAAUCGGUCCCUAACACCAACUCUUCUUCAAACUCUGACUCGGACUGCAGCCAGAAGCUCAAGAAAAACUCUGCUUCCCACAGUCAAAGCUCUGAUUCACUCCGGGUGCUCAAACUGGGGUCCUUGAAGCUGAACCAAGGCAUGUUUUGGAACAGUCCUGAUGAAAGAGUCUCCCCAGAUCCCCAAACAUUCUCUGAGUCUGAGCUGCCUGAUCAAAACUUCAACAAGAGGCUCAAAUUGAAAACCCAGAGAAGCGCCUCCAUCCCUGACAUCAUCAUUCAACAAGAACAUGAUCUUCAUCUGUCCUCCAGUGGUCAGUCCUCCACACUGCCCAGAGUGGGGGGCGCACCAUCUCCCACCACAGCUCUUGAUCCACAAGUACAUGUCUCCCCUUUGGUGGGCCUUUUGGAGAGAGCCAGAGUGAGAGGGCAGGAAAUGCCCAACAUGAGAGCAUAUAAGCCAUCUCCAUCUCCUUCUUUCUCCUCCACACCAUCGCCGUCUCCCAGUGAUGGGGACAGAGAGACUGAUAGAGAGUGGGAAGAGGUGGAGCUGAUGAGAAGCAGAGCCCCUACAGUCAGCGAGGGAUGGACGGAACAGUUGGUGGAUGGAGAUGAGGAGGAGAGGAGGAGCAGCAGCCUUAUCUUUGCAGAAGGUGUAAAUGUGGACUGGCCAGGCUGGUGCUUUGACGAUGAUGAAGUCAUGGACCAUCUGAACCCGGCUGACUACAGCUCUAGGCACAAGGGGGACAUGGAGGGCAUGCGCCGGACCCUGACCUCAUGGGAUUUCGAAGGGAACGAGGAGCAAGAGGAUGGGCAGUGUAGCCAGGUGUAGAUUUACAGCAGACAAGAUGCACUCAGGGGAUUCAAAACACCAACCAGUGAAAGUCCCAAGACAUCAGACAGUCCGACGAUGCUGACUCAAAGUUCAGCUUGUGAAUGUAAUUUACAGAGGGACAAACUGACAAGGACAACUUCUCUUACUGCCCAUUUUUUGUUUUUAUUAAAAUAAAGACAAAAGAAUGAAAAGAUGUUUGUUACCAGAAUAAGCACAGAUAUUUUGGGACAUGAUAUCAAACUCAGCAGAGAUGCAGAUGUUUCAAUACACCGACAUCUGCCGUGCUUCUGACAGAAAGAUUUUGAAUGUAUGGCUGCUAAUGAUUUUGUAAAUAUGCAUCAAUAUGUAAAAUAAUGUAUUAUACUUUUUUUCGACACAGCACCUAUACACUCAUGGUCAGCGUUUUGUGUAAAUAAAACAUAUUUUUGUAUAAGUUCU